AUGCGUCUUCAUCCGCGUAUACGAAGUGUGAAAGAGCAGAAAAUGGCAGCAUUCAGAUGGAAGAGCUUCUACGAGGAUGAGGAUCGUCCGGAGAAGCCUCGGAGGUACGGCGUCACCGAGUUGAGAGGCCCUCACUAUACUGUCCUCAACCAAAAUCUCCUUCAGGAUAUUUUUGAGUCUAUGGGACAUAUUGUGGAUGGGUUAAAAUUUGCUGGGGGCUCGCAUAGUUUGCUGCCAAAGGCUUACAUAAAAGAUGUCAUAGAUGUGGCCCAUAAACAUGACGUAUAUGUCAGUACCGGAGACUGGGCUGAACAUUUGCUUCGCAAAGGUCCAUCUGCUUUCAAAGAAUACAUAGAGGAGUGUAAGCAAUUGGGAUUCGACACAAUUGAGUUAAAUGUGGGAUCACUUGGUGUACCUGAAGAAACACUCUUGAGAUUUAUCCGGUUGAUUAAGAGUGGUGGUUUAAAAGCCAAGCCUCAGUUUGCUAUAAAGUUUAACAAAUCUGACAUUCCUAUGGCUGGCAAUAGGGCAUUUGGAGCAUAUGUGGUCCCAGCACCAAGGACAUCUGCACUUUUAGCAAUUUCCAGUGCAUCAAUUAGGCAAAUGGAAGCACUGGACGUCCAUUUGCUAAGUUCUUCUAGAAUAGCAGAAACUGUUGAGGAUGUUGAUCUUUUGAUCAGGAGAGCAGAAAGAUGCUUAGAAGCAGGGGCAGACAUGAUAAUGAUUGAUGCAGAGGAUGUCUGCAGAUACGCUGAUUCUGUGCGGGCAGAUAUCAUUGCCAAGGUUAUUGGGCGUCUUGGACUUGAGAGGACUAUGUUUGAGGCAGGAAAUGCCAAAACUUCUGAGUGGUUCAUUAACCAAUAUGGUCCGAAGGUCAACCUUUUUGUGGACCACUCUCAAGUGAUGGAUCUGGAAUGCCUUCGUGGGCGCAACCUUGGUAAAGAUCAUAGAUCUGUUCUUGGUUCCACCUCUAUUUUGUUCUAA